CUAGAUGUCAAAGGGCAAGGAAAAAGCAAAACCGCGAACGCGAAGAAUCCACAGCACUUCAGCUCAGAUUUGAUUGGUCAGAAUUUUUGGUAUUGGAUAUCGUUUUCCAUCAAAAUCCACCUAGAAAAUGACCUUUUGCAUUUAAAACUUACCAAGAAGCAUUUCCGCUUCCAAACGGUGUUAUUUUAUGGUGCAUAACUGCGACAAAUAGUGUUCGGUUUGGGCGUAUCUUUGUUCCAGUAAUUCUGCGAGUGAUCCUUCGAAGCAAAAACGAUGACUUCCGGAAGUUACGAUUCUACCAUAAUCGCAACGGUGACGCGAAAGUUUCGCGAAGACGAGUCGGUUCUGGCGAUCUUUGAAGCAUACCAAAUCGUUGGAAGUAAACACCAAAAUCAGCUGCUGGUCAUCGUUAGUUCUAAUUAUACCUCAGCACUGUUCGCAUUCUCCAUUUCUCGCUUUCCGCCAGAGAGCAUUUCCGACCUGACUGUGGUGGCCGUUUAUCCGAUCGAUGAUUCAUUUUGGAUAAAUCCAGAAUCGGGAGGUCAUGGCUCGAUAUCCAGUCAUCAGUUUACGAUUUUCUCGCAUGAGGAACCAACGGUUUAUUAUUACCAAGCAGCACCAGAGGCCAUCGUCUCGCGAGAUAAUUUCAUCAGUAAGCUAAAGAACUUGAUCUCUACCUACAAAAGUUCUUCAUCGCAGGCAGCUUCCGUUUCGUUUCCACUGGAAUUCACUUGGCUGGAUUACUAUAAGCGGGCCGAUAUGCUGCUUAUCGAUCGGAGCAUAGCCGAAGGUAGCCAAGCUCCCAAAUCAAGGGAUUCCAAAUUCAAGGAAGAGUUGGACCGUCGGCGACACGAAUACAUAGUAUAUGAACCCUAUAAAAUCUACACGGCCACGUGGAAUGUGAACGGGCAGACCUCGGUGGAUAUUGAACUGCCGGAAUGGCUCUCUACCACGGAAGAUCCACCGGAUAUCUACGCAGUUGGUUUUCAAGAGAUAGAAUGGACCCCGGAGAAGAUCAUUAUGAACGAAACCAAAAUCGAUCGCACCUGGGUUGAUAAAGUAAUGAUUGGCCUUCAUAAGGGAGCAGAAUAUGAGGAAGUGGCAUCAGUUCGUCUAGUGGGGAUGAUGUUGACAGUAGCGGUGAAAAAAACUCUUCGGGAUCGUGUUUCAGAUUGUUUGACAGCUGCCGUUGGAACUGGGACUUUGAAAUGGGGAAAUAAAGGUGGCGUGGGAGUAAGCUUUCAAUUGAACGAGGCCCUCCUGUGUUUUGUAAAUACGCAUCUGGCAGCACACACUCAGGAAGUGGAGCGAAGAAAUGAGGACCAUGACGAGAUCAUCCGAAGGAUGUCUUUCCAAAAGACCUUCCGAGGCCGAUCCAUUGACGAACAUCAUCACAUAUUUUGGAUCGGUGAUUUAAAUUAUCGGCUCAACGGGAACGUGUCGCAGGAAGAAGUAAACCUUAAGGAUCGUGACUACAACCAACUUUAUCCGCAUGAUCAGUUGUACAUAGAGAAGCUGCGGAAGCGAAUUUUUCAAGAUUAUAACGAGGGCAAGAUUUUGUUUGGCCCGACGUACAAAUACAAUCCAGGAACGGACGACUGGGACAGCAGUGAGAAGAGCCGAUGCCCGGCUUGGUGCGAUCGAGUUUUGUGGAAGGGUCUAAGGAUGGAAUUACUGAGGUAUGAUAGCGUGAUGCAGUUGAGAAAAAGUGACCACAAACCGGUUUAUGCUGUCUUCAAAGUAGAUGUCGAAACAAAAGAUGAUCACAAGUUCAAGAGGGUCCACGAAGAAGUUUUGAAAACUGUCGACAAGUAUGAAAACGAUAACCAACCGCAGAUAACGGUGGAGCAAACGGACUUGGAUUUUGGCCUGAUCCGAUUCAACGAGAAGUACUCCCGCGAACUACUAGUGGCCAACAAUUGCCAUCUGCCGGUGCAGUUUAACUUCUCCGCCAAGGACGACCGCAAUAGCAACGUCUGUGAGGAGUUCAUCCACAUCAGCAAAACAUCAGGCGAUCUGCUGACGGGAGACAGCGACAGCAUUCGGAUAGACAUUCUGAUUGAUUCAAAGGCUGCUUCUAAGAUGUUGAAGAAGCUGAAGGAUGCCAAAGCCGGUGUGAAGAUUCCUUUGGACAUAUUGGUGCUACACGUGAAGAACGGCCGAGAUAUUUUCAUCACCAUUUUCGGGGAGUACAAAUCGAGCUGCUUCGGGGUUCCGCUGGACACGUUGAUGAAGUUGAAUAAACCGAUUUUUGAGUAUGACAUCAACGAGCUGAUCGCGCUGGAUAAGGAAGAGAAGCUUGUUGAUUUGACCAACAACAGCGAAAGGAAAGUGCCACAGGAGUUCUGGCGAUUGAUCGAUUAUCUGUACAAAGAUGGUAUGGAUGGUCAACAAUUGUUCAUGAACCGCGCCUACGGCAGACAUGAAAAUAUCGUGGAAAUCCGUGAUUGGCUGGACAGUUGGUCCCCGGCUCCGUUUCCCGGCACUCCGAAAACUGCGGCAGAAGCAUUAUUAUUACUCUUAGAAUCUCUUCCAGAGCCAUUGGUUACCAUCAGCGAAAGGGAGUGCAUUGUAAACGCAGACAACUACGAGCGCUGUCGGGAGCUGAUCCAAGCGAAACUUAAGCCGGUCAACCGGAUAGUGUUUCUUUACAUCUGCAUGUUCCUUGGUGAUCUACAGCGAAAGAAUCCUGCAAUUCGCUUGAACAACUUAGCAACCACAUUUGGGCGGAUUAUGAUCCGAAGUCAAAUAACACCCGGGCGGACCCCGACUGGUAAUGACGUUUACGCCUACACCGAGUCUGAGCGGGAUCAGCGAAGGCGCUUUUUGAUGACCUUCUUAACCAACAACAACAGUGUGCGAGAGUUGGCCCGGGCGGAGAUGAAUGGAAUUGGGAAGUAGACGAUUUUGCAUGGCAAAUUGUAUGUAACUGUUAGCAAGUAAGUUAGACCGUUUGAAUGUGUAACAUAUUAUGUGUAUGAAUGUUAUUUUUAAUUAUGCUGCGAACAAAGCAAUAAAUUACUGUUCAAAACAGUGUUGUACCGCGAUUUGCUUCAAGUUAACUAAACAAAUGUAAAGGAAAAAAGGAACACAAUGAUUUGUUUCUUCAACUUAAUAUUUAUGUGCUGCGAAAACAUAGCAUAUCGCGGUAUGACAAUCAUUCAUUGAAAUCCGAAUUUUUGUUCAAAAAAUUGCGGUAAAAACACUUGUAGGAAUUAGAAGAAAGCAGUCAUGGAGGAUUAUGUCGUGUACUAUAUCUAAGAGUAAGUAGAAAUACAAUGAACAAUAAAAAUAGCUCAUUUCAAUAUCA